UUACUCAGUUCGCGUUCAGUUCUCGAAAGGAUUCGACUGUAGUCUCAGAAUUUUUUAUGCCUUCGCUGAGUUAAAAAGCUUGAAUUAAAUACAUUAGCAAUAAAAAAAGGAUCCUUUAUUAUCUUUUUAAUAGUUUUAUUAUUAUGGGUUCUAUUGUGAGUUAUGUGGUACCUAGCGAAGGUCAAACUAGAUUGGAAAAUGACGAUCAUAAAAAUUCAGGCUUGACACAACGGCAGAAAAAAAUUAUGAAGAAAACUUGGGAGUCUUGUAUUAAUUCUAAUUCAAUUAUUAUUUGUAUGGAAAUAAUGUUGAGUUUAUUUGAUAAAUACAAAGAUACCAAAGAAGUGUUCACGGACUUUAAAGACAUUCCUAAUGAAGAACUGAAAAAAAAUAAAAAAUUUCACGCGCACUGUCAAAUGAUAAUGAGUGUUGUAAACAACGCUGUAAAUGCUUUCUUAAAUGAUGAUGAUGAGCUGUUCGCAGCGAUACUUAAAAUUACAGGAGAACGUCACGCCAAGCGCGCUAAGAAUCCGAUAAUUGAAAAACAUAUGGAGCGCCUACGAGAUCCGAUGAUUGAAAGCUUUAAACGUCAUAUGAAGUCACAGUGGACUAAUGAAAUGGAUAAUUUGUGGACGUCCGCGAUCGAAAAUAUUAUUAAAGUUAUAAUUCAAGGAAUUCAAGAGACUUUGUCGGAAAAUUAACACACAGCAUAAUAAUUAUGAAACAGAGAUUUAUUUCACUUUUUUCAUUUAAUCAUCAUUUGAUACGGUCAAUUAGUUUUUAUCUCAUACAUACGUCAAUGUCGGUUUGCCGGCCUUGAUAGUUCAAUUUUUAUAAUUUAAUACUUCCUUAUUUUAAAAAUAAAUAUUUUAUUGUUUUUAA